AUGGUCGUGGACGUGGACGUGGACGUGGACAUGGAUGUGGACAUGGACGUGGACGUGGAUGUGGACAUGGACGUGGACAUGGUCGUGGACGUGGACGUGGAAGUGGACGUGGUCGUGGUCGUGGUCGUGGACAUGGACGUGGACGUGGACGUGGACAUGGACGUGGACAUGGACAUGGACGUGGACGUGGACGUGGACAUGGACGUGGACAUAAACGUGGACAUGAACGUGGACGUGGACGUGGACGUGGUCGUGGACGUGGACGUGGACGUGGACAUGGAUGUGGACGUGGACGUGGACGUCGACGUGGACAUGGACGUAGACGUGGAUGUGGACGUGGACGUGGACAUGGACGUGGACGUGGACAUGGACGUGGACGUGGACGUGGACGUGGGCAUGGUCGUGGACGUGGACCUGGACGUGGACGUGGACAUGGACGUGGACAUGGUCGUGGACGUGGACGUGGACGUGGACGUGGAUGUGGACAUGGACGUGGACGUGGACGUGGACGUGGACAUGCUCGUGGACGUGGACGUGGAAGUGGACGUGGUCGUGGUCGUGGACAUGGACGUGGACGUGGACGUGGACGUGGACGUCGACGUGGACGUGGCCCUUGUUCUUGCUAUUUCGCGAACGCUAGGUCCUUGUUCUUGA